UAUAACACAAUCAGUAAACGUUGAGACGGCUCGGUGUCAACAGAGCGGAAGAUCAUAUCGACCGCAGCGAGUGAUUUUCGCGGCGUAAGUUAAAAAUAUUCUCAAGUUAAAAAUGAUGUCCGAAAACACCCAACUCGACGAGCAAUUUUUUUUGAGACUAUUGAAAAACGGAUAUGCAGAGGCCGAUUGGGAGAGCGAAGAAGGGCGAAGCAAAUUUUUCUAUGGAAUACACGGUUUAUUCUCACAUUGGAGGGGCCAACUUCCGGCCGACCUCCGGGAGAUAUUUCUUCCCAAUCGCUUCUCGGUCGAUCGGCUUCUCACGGAGGCUUUGUACAAUGGUGAUCAUCCGAAGGCUCUCGUCGACUUUGUGGUCAGUACCGGCUACAGGGACGAGCCCGAGCUGGAUCGAGACGGCAAUCCACUGUUGCGUCGCACCACUGCGCUGCACCUCACCUUCAAAAGUCGACACCCCCACAGGACGGAAGUGGCCCUUGAGCUCUUUAAAAUUUACCGGGCGAACUACGUCGACGAGGACGGAUUGACGCACUACCACGUGGCCCUGUGGUUCGGCUUCGACGAGGUCAUCGAGAGAUUCCGCCAACUGCAGCCCUCAGGGCCCGGCCGACUCGGGGGCGAUCCUCUGCUGCAUCGGGCUCUGGGGGACGAAAACACGGACCUGGUGGAGCGACUGCUCGGCCGAUACGACGCCGAUCCGAACGAGCUAGAUGCCCAGCGGGGAGCGACUCCGCUGCUGAGUAUCGUCUGGAGACAAUUACCCUCGGCUUACGUCUUUGCCCGGCUGAUAUUCGAGGUCUGCUCCCGUCCCGACGUCAAUCAGACCGUCCAAGUGGAUGCCCGAGACUGGUCGGGUAACACGGCGUUGCACUGGGCCAUGGACAGCGGCGACCCACGACUGAUCGAGCUGCUGCUGAGACAGGGCGCCGAUCCUAAUUUAGCCAACGCAGAGGGAUCGACUGCUCUGCACGUCGUUUGCCGGAGAGACGCAGACGAUCGAGCGUCGGUGACGAGGUUCUUCGAGGUCUGCGGCGAAAUCCAACGGGAGGUGCGGGUCGACGCUCGAGAUCGGUGGGGCCGGACACCGCUGCAGUGGGCCGUGGCGAGACUCCUGCCCGAGGCAGUGGCUGUGCUCCUGGACAAUGGCGCCGAUUUGUCGCGAUUCGUCUUUCCCACCGAGAGGCACUUGGCCGAGAUUCCGCAGUCUCGCCUCUUGGCGAGUUGGCCCCGGGUCAUCCUGCGCCUACAGGCCGGCGCCUUGGCCUGCCUCGAGCAGCUCGAGGGAAGAGGAUACGAGCUGCAGAGGAGCGACGCCACGUCCGUCAUGAGACUGAUCGGCAGCCGCGAGAUGUUCCAGAAGCCGAUCGACGUCGAGGAGUUUUUCGAGGACUACGCCGAGUUCGAGAUCGAGGCGAGACGCACCGAGGUACGCAGUGCGGGCCCGCGCCUGACGCUCCACGACCUGAUCCAUUUGCCGCCGGGAGAAGAGGCGACGAGUCGAUUCGCCUACUCGGAUUACGUCGAUUUGGCCGAAUCGAGAAGCGCCGAGUCAUUCAGGGUUUGGCAGGUGCUGCCCGACGACGACUAUAAAAUUCGGGAGGCUUGCGAGGAGCACCUGAGCGAGGCCAUGGCGAGAGGAUUUUUCCGGCGGUGGGCACUCGAGGCUUUCUGGGAGCUCGUACGCCAUAGGCUGCCUAUCGAGUGCUGCCAGAUUAUCCUCCAGCAUCUCAUGAACGAACAUUUGUAUUACAUUUGCUUGGCGGCUGCGGGUCGUGACUGGUAACGUACGUCGAUCAAAGUGUUUUUUUUUCAUUUCCGACGUCGUUAAAAAUUGUAUACUCUGCAUAUUACAUAUGUUUUAUGUAUAUUAUGUUACAAAUGUGUUUUGUAUAUUUCAAAAUUGUAUAAUAUUUUGCGUAUUAAUCGAAUAAAUGAGUUUACAUUUAUGAUAAA